UGCAAUGAUAGUGUAGUUAUCAGUUUGAACCGUUGAUAGAAGAAAAUGGCUGUCUCGUGCGGCCAUUGAGGCAAAUCAAUAUUUUAUAGUUAUACUUGUAUCUAUUUCUAACACACUAUUUUUUUUUUAGUUUUUUUUGUCAAAUCAUCAAUUUAUUAGUAUGAUUUUUUUUUCUUUUGAUUACUUUGUAUGAAUUUUUUUCAUCGAUUAUCAUUUUAAUAUGUUUGUUUUAGUAUUUGUUACUGCAACAAGGUUCGGGUGACAAAAUUAAAUCUCGCGAUAAUGAUUAGAAAUAUUUCAGAGCUGAAGGGAAAGAAAAAAAGGAAAAAGAAAAAACGUGGAACGGCGACCUGGUAAUUCGGACCCGGUUCCGUUUUAUUUUCGUUGCUAAUAUUUCAUUCUGAAUUUCAUCUCCUACCAGCUCCUCUAGGAUUUGAUUCUAUUAAUUAUUAGUUGAUUGCGAUGGAUUCGAGUUCGAGCCAGGAAUUUGAUUAUUCGUUUAAGUUGUUGCUGAUUGGGGAUUCCGGUGUUGGCAAGAGUAGUCUCCUCCUAUGUUUUACCUCCAAUGAAUUUGAAGAUCUUGCUCCCACAAUUGGUGUUGAUUUUAAGGUCAAGUAUUUGAUGAUGGAUGGUAAAAAGCUGAAGCUUGCUAUUUGGGAUACAGCUGGUCAGGAGAGAUUCAGAACAUUGACAAGUUCUUACUACCGAGGUGCACAAGGCAUCAUUAUGGUUUAUGAUGUCACUCGGCGGGAAACAUUUACGGAUCUCUCUGAAGUAUGGGCAAAGGAAAUUGACCUUUAUUCAACAAAUCCGGAAUGCAUCAAAAUGCUUGUCGGAAACAAAGUGGAUAAGGACAGUGAUAGAGCCGUGACAAAGAAAGAGGGAAUAGACUUUGCCAGGGAAUAUGGUUGCCUAUUUAUUGAAUGUAGUGCUAAAACUCGAGUUAACGUACAACAAUGCUUUGAAGAGCUUGUUCUGAAGAUUCUGGAUACACCUAGCCUCUUAGCUGAGGGCUCUAAGGGCCUUAAAAAGAACAUUUUCAAGGACAAGCCACCCAAGUCCGAUGCCACAAGUAGUUGUUGCUGAUAUUAAGAGGCUAGCUAUUAAACACCGCUUAACUGCAUAUGAAGAUCUCCAAGAGAAGGGCGUUGAAUCCAUUUCCAGAAUCAGAAUUCUAACACAAGUUUAUUAGUUAUUUAGCAGCAUUCGAAGCCAGAAAAGAAUGUUCCUGAUUUGCCUUGAAUAUUAUGUGAUGGUGACGGUUAUCUGUUUUCUUUCUUUUUUUGGGUUUUAUUGUUUAUCAUUGAGUCACAUUUAAUUUCAUAUAUAUAGACGUGCAAGAAGCAUCCAAUGGAAACCAGUUCAAAUUGUAUAUAACGUCUAGACAAUGGUGUCGCCCUAACUUUUGAUCGGUCUGAAAGAGCAAUCUGAGACUACUAGUACGAAAGACAGCUAAUAAGAUUCAAUUUUAUUGGAUAAGCUUGCU